CGGGGGUGACCCCAGCGCGCGCCCCGGAAUGGCGGCGGCGGGGCUGGGCCGGGGCCCGCUCUUGCUGCGCUGCCGCUCCUGGCGCGGUUUCUCCUCUCAGACGGACGGGGAGUCGCGGCUGGCGCGGCUGCUGCGGGAGAAGUUCCCGCGGGCAUCGGCCAUCAAGGUGCUGGACAUCUCAGGAGGCUGCGGUGCCAUGUACGAAAUCCACAUCGAGUCAGAGGAGUUCCGGGAGAAGCGCACGGUGCAGCAGCACCAGAUGGUCAACCAGGCCCUGAGCGAGGAGAUCAAGCACAUGCACGGCCUGCGGAUCUUCACCUCGGCCCCCAAGGCCUGAGGCUGCUCCAGCAGCAAUAAAACGCCCCAGGAGGGGCACCCAGGGAUGUGAAUUCCACCCAGAGUUGUGUGUUCAAUCAGGGCCCCGUGGGGCAGGGAAAGGAGAGGAGAAACCCUCUUCCUCUGAAAGAAGAGCAGGAAGAAACUUUAUUAUUAUUAUUA